AUGUUGAUUUUUGCUUUACUCAUCUUCUCGGCGACUGCUGCAAACUUGGGUUCAGCCCAGGAUGCGGCACCCGCGAAAGGUACCAUAAGUGGUCUAGUCUCCGACCCAGCUGCACAAGUCGGCGUCUUGAGAACGGAGAAGAAAUCAUUACGGAAACAGAUUAUGAGCAUUCAUCGUGGCCAACAAAACGAUACAACGGCGGCUCUGAUACAGAUAGGAGACUGCCAAUUUAGAGCGUGGGACGAGAUUUACAUCAUCGAUUUCCUUCAAGAACAACUAGACGCCUUGUCAACCACCGACCACUGUUGGAUUAUCAAGGGUGUCGGUGGAUUGAAGGAGUUGUUGCACCGAAAUAUUACGGCGAAUCCUCUAAACAACGUCACAAUACCAACCUGUGUGCCUCUGAACAUUACCAGCGGCGGCAACACGUUUUCGAUUAACCUUUCGGCACACUCAUACAAAGUAAAUGGGGUACACGAGGACGUCUUCGUCAUCCUGACAUAUGUCCAUCUUGUUUCAAUGACUGCGGCGUUCUUUCUCGCCUAUCCAGUUAUUCUCGUUCUAGCAUCAACCCCUAGUCUGUGCGUUAUGAUUGACAGACCUCUUGACGAGCUCACGAAAGCGAAGGUUGAGCGAUGGCAGAUGAUAUUUCAAUCUUUCGUAUUUGCCCCUCUGGUUAUUGCAGGAUUGGUAACUGGCAUCAUUGCCAUGGGGGAGUCUGAACAUGCCAGAACACAGCACGGUAUCAUUGGCUUUGUUACCAUAGCCUUGGCAGCGAUUUCUGUGCCCUUAUACCUCUACCAACGAUACCUCAGCUUCCGGCCAGAAUUGUCGUUCAACAUGUUUCGAAGACUUAAAUUUAUCAAUGCCUUAGACUUCACCAUCUGCCAAGCCAUCUUGAUAAUUUCAGGUUUUGCUCUCCCGGACGGCAUUGACGACUUCGGUAUUAUGACAUUAUGCGGUACCAAUACUGUAUCAACCUCAUUAAUAUUCUCUUUGGGCAUGAUAGUUUCCUUUGUGUGGAAUUGCGCCAUGGCCACGAUGACGGUUCAGUGGCUUCUCGAGCAAAGAGUCAGAGGUGGCAGUAUUCGUGACAGGGCUCCGCCGUGGAUGUUGAAGGUUCUGCGCAAAAGGUCGAAUUGA